UAUAAAGUGGCCGAACAGUCCUAUAUUGCUACGAGUACCUAAUCAACAAAGAUUCACAACCUUUGGAAGUCCCAACCAUCCAUAUAUAUGUUCCUAGCUAGACAAAUAUUAGGUAUUAGAAAUGAUCCAAUAAUUCUAUUUGUUUAUCUAUAAAUAAACUACAUAAUCCCCAAACAAAGAGAGACUUCAAAAGAAUAACUCUUAGAGAGGAACAAUGGCGUUCUUACCAACACAGCACAUCUUCAUCCUAUGGGCUUUGUUUAUUAUUGUGCUUCAGUCUUAUAACCCUACUCUUGUCAAAGCUGCUCCCAAGUCUUCUUUGGUGACAAAACUCCCUGGUUUUAAUGGCACCUUCCCUUCAAAACAUUACUCUGGGUAUGUGAAAUUGAAUGGUACGAAACCAUCAAAGAACCUGUUCUAUUACUUCGUUGAAUCCGAAAGAAAUCCAGGAAAGGAUCCAGUUGUGUUGUGGCUAAACGGUGGACCUGGUUGCUCUAGUUUUGACGGAUUUGUUUACGAACAUGGACCCUUCAAUUUUGAGAAAGGGAAGAAAAAAGGGGACUUGCCAAGCUUACAUCUCAAUCCCUACAGCUGGUCUAAGGUCUCAAACAUCAUAUACUUGGAUUCACCAUCUGGUGUUGGCUUUUCGUACCCUUUACUUCCCACAAACAGUUCACAAACCGCAACUGAUUCUCAUGCUUUUCUCCUCAAGUGGUUGGAGCUGUUUCCGGAAUUUCAAGCUAAUCCAUUUUACUUAAGUGGGGAAUCUUUUGCUGGAAUUUACGUUCCUACUCUUGCUGCUGAAAUCGACAAUGGAAUAAGAAAUGGUGCUAAACCUAAAAUCAACCUAAAGGGUUACAUGGUUGGAAAUGGAGUUACCGGUUCAGAUUUUGACGGAGAUUCUUCCUUGUUAUCUUUUGUACACGGAAUGGCCAUAAUUCCCGACCAACUUUAUAAGGAAGCUGAAAGUUGCGUAAACAUUAGCAACCAGGAGGAAAACAAAUGCCAAACGACAUGGUCAAAAAUUGGCAGCGCGACGGAGGAGUUGAACAUUUAUGACAUAUUGGAACCAUGCUACCAUAGCCAAAAUCCAGAGCAAAGUAACACAACAAGUUCACCAAUGAAGAGCUUCUACGAGUUGGGAAAGAGUAACAAUCGGGCGAUGCCGGUGAGGAACAGGAUGUUUGGGAGGGCGUGGCCGUAUCGAGCUCAUGUUAAAGACGGCAAAGUUCCAACUUGGCAACAACUUCAUGAAUCUCGCUUACUCCAUGGCCUAAGUGUUCCUUGCUUCGAUGAUGAAGUAGCAAACACAUAUCUGAACGAUGCAAGAGUUAGAAAGGCCAUUCAUGCUAGUCCGAAAGCUCAAAAUUGGAGUUUAUGCGUUGGGUUGGAUUAUUAUCAAGAUUUAGGGAGCAUGAUCCCAUUCCACAAAAACCUUACUGCCAAAGGAUAUAAAGCACUUAUUUACAGUGGAGAUCAUGAUAUGUGUGUUCCAUAUACUGGAACCGAAAGAUGGACUGCCUCCAUGGGUUACGAAAUUGUGGAUGAAUGGAGACCUUGGUUUACAGACAAUCAAGUUGCAGGGUUUUUACAAGGAUACGCCCAUAAUCUAACUUUCCUCACCAUAAAGGUAUAUCGUAAAUAUUUUUUGCUGUAAAAAUGUUUUGCGUUUUUUCCCCUCUUAAUUCUUCUCAUAUUUUUUGGUACAAAAUUUCUUCUCAUAAUAUUUUGACUUACGGUAAGUGCAGGGGGCUGGUCAUACGGUGCCAGAGUACAAGCCAAGCGAGUCAUUGCACUUCUAUGAUAAUUGGCUUCAGGGGAACAAGAUUUGACUACUUGUAAUUAAAGUUUAAUUGUGGUGAACAUUUAAUGAGUUAUUAGAAGAAAUGACGAUUGAAGAGAUUCGUAGCCUAAUUUUUUAAAAAAAAUUUUUAUUGAGAGAUAUUUUGCAUUAGUCUGUAUCUUUUCUUUUCUUUUUUCUUUUUUUUUCCAGUGUUAAUAGAGAUAACAAUUUUUGUCAUAGCUCGUUACCUUUGUCGGAUGAAACUCUAAACCUUUCUAUUCAACUUCCUUCCCAGCACAUUUGGGAUUGACCAAAUUAUGAAAAAUAAUACAAUUUAUUGAACAAAAAUACAUACAAUAAUA